AUGGACUCAUCACUUAAUUCGCCUCGCGAUGACAUGCGCAAGAGCGAUGUGAUGAUCGACAAGGUCGAUGUUCAGCACAAUGAGGAGGCUCUGCGUGAGGCUGACCGCCACAUGAGCCCCCUGAAAUGUCUUUGGGAAAAUCCCAAAGUGUUGCUGUGGACCAUCUACGCCAACUUUGGCUCAACUCUCAUCGGUUUCGAGAACUUGGCACUCUCUGUAUGCUUGGCCAUGCCGGCAUUCCAAAUGACCUUUGCUUCUGAAGUGAAUGGAACCCUCAUUAUUCCCGCCUACUGGCAAUCAGCCUGGAGUGCAAUGUACAAUGUCAUGAUGUUGUUCGGCUCGGUUGGUGCCGGUUACAUGCAAGAUUGGUUCGGCCGCCGCGCCGUCUUCGCCUUGGCAUCAGUCAUAGCUUCAGCCGGCAUCGCCAUCAGCUACGUCUCCGAAACACCUCCCGAGUUCCUGGGCGGCAAGAUUGUCACUGGUUUCGCCAUCGGCCUCUUGACAUCAACCACGCAGACGUACGUCUCCGAGAUUGCGCCUCUGCCGGUUAGAGGCAUUUGUCUGUCCAUCAACACCAUCAUGCUCAACCUUGGCAUGCUCAGUGCCAUCGCCGCCAGCUUCUCCCGCGUCGGCAUCAUGGACAAGUCGGCCUUCCGCGUCGUCUACGCCGCUGCCUGGACCUUCCCCGGCCUCAUCCUCCUCGGUCUCCCCUUCGUCCCCGAGUCGCCCACCUGGCUCGUCUUCAAGAACAAGCACGAGCAGGCCCGCAAGGCGCUCGAGAAGCUCUCGGGCCCUAACGAAGAUAUCGAUGCGCGCCUCGGCCAGAUCAUCGACAACGUUGAGACAGAGCGCCGCCUACAGAGCGAGGCCGCUUCCUACCUGGAUUGCUUCAAGGGUACCAACUGGAGACGCACGCGCAUCAUUCUCAUCUGCUUCUACAUCCCCCAGGUCGCCGGCGCCGUGCUCUCCUCCAAUGCCCCUUACUUCCUCAACCAGACCGGUCUGUCUAGCAAGACGGUCCUCCUGCUCGUGCAAGUCGGUAUCGCGGCGGGUGUCGUCUCUGCCAUUGUCAACUCCAUCAUGAUGGGCAAGCUGCGCCACCGCCCGCUCCUGUUCUUCGGUGUGUCGAUUUGCGUGGCCAUGUACUUGACGAUGGGUGUGGCUGCCGCGUUCCCCAAGACCAACGCCUCACUCUUGACCAUCGGUGUGGCGCUCGUCUUUACCUCCAUCUCCUACGGACCCGCAGUGGGUGCCUCCAUGGCCGUGGCCGGUGAGGUCUCCACGUCGAAGCUCCGCGCCAAGUCGCUUGGUAUCGGCUUUGGCUUCUCCUCCAUUGUGUCCACCGUGUGGACCAUCAUCCUGCCGUACCUCUUCAACCAGGACGAGCUCAACAUGGGCGGUCACAUUGGAUGGAUCUUCUUUGUCAUGGGUAUUCUCAUGUUGGUGGUUCUCUACUUUGAUGUUCCGGGAACCAAGGGACGCACGUUUGAGGAGUUGGACAUUAUGUUUGAGCAGGGCAUCUCGGCGCGCAAGUUUGAGAAGCACAAGUUCAAUAGCGGUCCUGUGGACACCGACUGA